AUGCACAGCAUCAAAAAGCUCACCAAAGCUCCGAACUUCGGAAUCUUCCAAACUUCCAGAUCUUCAGACCUCGGAAUCCUUCCAAACUCAGAUUUUCAAACCUUUCAACUCUUCAAAUCUGAAAGUCUUAAAGUCUUCAAGCCUUUUUCAAGUUCUAAAGUUAGAAUUUGA